UUUCCCAAUCUACAAAUACAUGCAGUACUAGUAAAGAGACUGGCAUGGAAAAGGGCAAGGAAGAUCGCACGCCCGCCUUUCUCAGGGAGAUCCGAGCCAACUACCUGGAGAAGCUGCACCAGGCGUUCUGCACUCCAGCCGUGAAGGGAGGGUUGCGCAAGCGCAAGCGUGGCCACAGAAGGCAGCGGUGCGUCAAUCCGCAUGACGGAGGACAAGAUGAGCGAGGAGGAGGCAGCAGGCAGGGUGACCAUAACACAAUAGUACUGCUCACUGGCCUCUCUGGAGUCGGAAAGUCCAGUAUAGUCGACUGCUAUGCCAGGACAGCACAGGAACGCGGCUACUACCAGCGUGGAGUGUGGAGGAUCAACGCCUUGAGUGACGCCACCGUCGAGCUGUCCAUCCGCAAUAUUCUAGUGUCCGCGAAGGCACCAUUCAGCUGCCUGUCCCAGCGGUCUGAUCCCGCCAGUCCUAGCUUCUGGCAGAGGAUAAUGAUGGCCCUGCACCCGACAUCGGAUAUGCUGUUCAUCGUGGACAACCUCGGCAAUCGCACCCUGCAGAGUAUGAGUGAUGAGGAGGCAGUUAGCAGUGAGUCAGAUGCGGCUGACCCGCUGUCAGUGAUGUGGAAGUUCUUGUUGCCCAACUCCAACUACCAACACCGGCUAUUGAUCAUCAGCCAGAAUGGCAUCUUACAAGACUGCGUGUCACGGCACAUUGCCCAGCGUCUCGAAGUUCAUCCGCUGACAUCGCUGCAAUCGUCCUGGCUGCUGGCCAGACAGACAGGAAUCCUGUGCACGCAUUGCCCAAUGCCAGUAAGACAAGCGCAGCUCUGGAAACAGCUGCAGCGGGCGUGCAGAGCGUGUCAACGCGAAAACUCGCACUGCUGCCAGCACUGUCUGCUGCGGCAGCUGAGAGCCUGCCAGCAAGCAGUGCCCACCGUCCAGCCCAAACACUGCUGUACACACGGACAGGAAACACAUGAUGCAAGCACGCUCAGCGCCUGCACUGUGCGGCAGUUUGUAACGUUGAGUGAUGCUGCAGACAUGGCAAACGGGCUUCCCCUGGUGCUGGAAUGGAUUUCAAAACAAGCAGAGGGAGAUGCUUCCCAGCUAGCAGCUGGCACACUUGAUGCUGGACAAGACUCUGCAGCUGCUAGACCUGAGGAGCAUGAGGUGGCCAACACCAUGGAUAGUGUAUGGAGUAAGACGUACAGUCUGAUCUCAACGGCCGCUAAACAGCUCCUAUGCACAGCCGCACUUCUUAACCCGCACAGGAUCUCCUGCGCAAUAUUCCUGGCUGCUCAGCAUUCUCCGUACGUUCCCGCUGAGCUACGCGACCUCCUGUUCCCGUUUGAUGUGGCGGCUGCACCGAACACGAGCACAGAGAUAAUGAACCGCAGGGCAGUGCAAUCACUGGUAUCACUGCUGUGUGAGCUACGCCACUUCUCAUUGGUUAUGUUUGUGGCCAGCAACAGUCGAGCAUUCUUCAGUUACGGCCGCUCAGACUCCAGUCAAGAUAACCUCGCGGCCUACGACUUUUCAAUCCACGGCAUCGCUCGCCAGCACAUCCUAGCCGGUAUGUUCAGUACGGACGGCAGUGAGCUACAGAAAUACUUGAGCUGCUGCCUUGAUCUCCUGUCUCUAAGUACAUCCGCCUGCUGCAGCAGAAUCGAGAUUGAAGUCUACCUCAUUCCGCAUGUCAUGGCAGUCAGCCCAGUGACCCUGCUACAGCUCGUCAGGAGAUUCGCCGGCGUUCACAGAAAAUCGCACCUGUCAACUGCAGCCAUAGAAAGCCUGCCCGAGGAAGUCCGCUUGCAAUGGGUCCACUUGCUUUCGUAUUUCCUCAAACUCCAGAAACAUAACAGUUACAGAUACAAAUUCUUUGCAAAGGAGGUUUUCGAUGGCAUAGUGUUUCUGACAGGCACACUUCAAAGUAGUGAAACCACAUUGCAGCUACAAAAAUCCACCAGGCUUCAAAGGAAAUAUUAUCAGAAAACAUUAGACAUCCAGUCCUAUUGCAGCACUUGCCAGGCGGCAAUCCCGGUAAUUUUGUCUCUGCCAAGGAAGAUCAUCUUCCAAUUGUUUUCUAUUGGAUUGGCCGCUAUGUAUUGCAACCACGUGGGUGAUUAUCAUAGUAAAAGACGAGGAUUCUGGCCUCAUCCUUUGGCAAAUCUCCUCAGCUCCAGUGGCAAGAGUGACAGGCCUAUCUCGCAUCAUGUUGCUACUGAGACAAAUCCUCUGAUCCAAUCACAAGAUCACCAUGAACAGGUCCUUGCAUACUGCAUCUUGGACAUGCUUUGCUUGAUUGGAGUAUCCGAUGGCUGCCCCCACGUCAUGAACCGUCACGUGCAGGACAACAGCAUGGGUGAGAGGCUGCUACAGUGUCUGAACGCACUGAGCAUGGUGUGCUUAGAUCUUUACACGCACAACUCAAGAUCAACAGCAACAGCAGCAGCUGUAGCAGCAGCAGCAACAGCGGCAGCACCGCCAUCAUCUGCAGCAGGAGCACCGCCACCAUCUGCAGCAGAGGUGACCGAUGCACAUCUCAGUGGUGGGAGCACUACUGGCAGACACAGCAAUCCACAAGGAACGGCGUUACGUACCUGUCACCGGCACACGGAUGAUGUCCUUGGAAAGAAGAAAGGCGCACCACUGCCAGAGCCUAAUACAACGGCGGAAAGAGCGCCCAUAGCAAGCGUAGCCGACCUGAGCCACAGUGCUGAUGUGUACCUCAUUAAGCGUGUCUGUAGUCUGGAAGGAAUGUACGGUGGCUCCUAUUUCAGUGGCAAGCUGUACGCCCCGCUGUUAGCUAUCCUUUUGCAUAGGAUGACCAGAGGACAAACAUCUCAAGCCAGGAUCACCUUGUGUCGGCUAAUGUGCUAUAUUCCGGAACAAUAUCAAGUGAAGAGUUCACACCUGCACCGCAUACUUGCCGUGGUGACAGGCGAGUUGUCGCCACGAUCCCAAUACCUCGUUGAGAUUGAGAUGUACGACUGACGGAACACGGCUCAUGUCGGUCAGCUCCACUAACUUUCUUACCACUACCUGAGGUGCGUAUGUGUACUACUCAUAGAUACUGGCCCAUCGGAGAGUGCGCUGUUUCUCAGACAUAACAGUUAGCAUUGAUCUGCACCCAACACUGCUGUAACACUGAGGUGUACCUGUUUCCAUAUUCCUUACUCAAUAUACUUCUGUAGUAAUACAUUGUCAUGAAAACUGUCUUCUAAGAAAGCCUCGGCGAUUGGGGAUUGUUUAGCCAGAGGAGCUAACACUUUGACUAAGCUUAUCCCUGCACUGGGCCGCAUGCUCAGGUUGUAGACAGCUUACUAGCCGUGCAUUCUCAGCCUGCUUCCGAUUUAUCGUGAUCUAGGCUGUGAACCACCCAAUUAUUCAAAAAGGCACCACUCGGGCCAGCUAAUAACACCAGCUUCUUUCAUCUUCCUCAACCUUUCUAUUUUUUAAACCCUAUGGACUUACUUUAUUACAAUUUUGCUGGACGACCAGGCACUUCCCGUGCUGUUCUUAUCUA